AUGGUGUACCACAAGGCUCAGUCCUUAGAAACCACCCUCUUCACACUCUACAUAGGUCGCUUCGCUGACAUGGAGUGGCAGACACCAGCUGUUUCAGAGAAGUACCAGAGUCGCUUUGGCCGCCGGCCGGGAACAUCAGACAGCGUGGACACUGGUAUUGGCACUUCAGCAUCUGACAGCACUGAAGAUUUCCACAGUUCCAGCAGCAGCCCCUCCUUCCAGCCCAUCCGCAGUAAGAUCCCCAUCCCCACUGCACAUGUCAUGCCAUCCACGGCCGGCACACCGGCCUCAAAGCCUCAUACGUUUGGCCAGGAAGACUCUGCAUCCUCGGCUGAUGGUCACAGGUCGUCUUCUGGUUCAAGAACUCCAAGUGGCUCCACAUCAAAGUCUUCAUUGCUCUCUAAAUCGGCAUCUUCGCCCAAUCUAGAUGCUCAGGAUGGUGUUGGAGGUGAUCAUACGAGUGGACCCAAAUCAGACUGUCUGAGCCGCUACCGCAGUCUUGUCAAUGGGCUGGACCACUCACUUUUCCCCACAGAUCACACACGAGUGGACGAGGGCCAGAAGUUUGACAUUCCUGCCGUGGAACCUACUCUGAACCAGUCAGUCUUGUUGGGAGGGUUCUGUCCUGAUGUCAGGCUCAGGUUACAGACGACUGGGAUUAGAGACGCUGCAGACAGUUUGUCUGAGGCUUACCGAGGAGCUAUGGAGCACAGCUUUAAGGUUCUGCCUGAAGCACGGCCCGGCCUCUCUGGAACAGCAGAAGCCUCUAAUCAGAGAGGUGGGCAGCCUGUGGCAGCAGGAUCUGCUGGUGUUUAUGCAAACCCUCUUGGUCUGCUGCGAGAGCAGGCAGGUCCCAAGGUCUACGAUCCACUGCGGCAGGACAGAUGUAGUGAAGUUUCUAGCUGGCAGCAAAAACAGCAGCUGGACACAUUACGCCUACAAAUCGAACAGAUGCAGCUGAUGAAUGCAGGAGUUGGUACCCAGUGCCCGUCUCUGUACACAACACCUCUGCACACAGAGUCUGGCAAGUGGGACGCUUUGGUCAAAGCCAGCGAGAGUUUGCUGAAGGAGAAGGAGCUCAUUAUUGAGAGACAGAAGCAACAUAUGGCCCAGUUGGAGCAGCGUUUGAGGGACAGUGAGCUCCAAGUCCAUGGAGCCCUUCUGGGUCGAGGGGCGUCUUUUGCAGACAUGUGCAUGCUGCGUCUCCAGGAGGCUCAGAGGGAAAAUGCAUUCCUCAGAGCGCAGUUUUCUGAGCGCACGGACUGCGUUGCCCUGGAGAAAGCAGAGGCAGAGCGCAGACUAGGAGCUGUCGAGGCUGAGACCCGCCGACUCACUGAGAGUCUCAAGGAAGCCUGCGAGAGGCACGCAGAAGAGAUGAAGAAACAGGAAGAGAGGAUCCGAAGUCGAGACAAACACAUCACCAACCUAAAGAAGAAGUGUCAGAAAGAGGCGGAGCUGAAGAGGGAGAACCAGCAGCGCAUUGAAACUCUGGAGCGUUACCUAGCUGACCUGCCAACCUUAGAGGACUACCAGAGCCAGAAUAAGCAGCUCCUGGAGUCUGAACAGCAGGUUGCUCGGCUACAAGAGACAGUAAAGGAACUGGAAGCCACCCUGGAGACGACACGCUCACAACUCCAGGACAAAGACGCACAGCUGGAGGAUCAGAAACGCAGAGAGAGAGACCUGCUCACAACCAUUACCGACAUGCAGCAACGUGUGCAGCAGGGCCUGGAGGAUGGAGCCAGACUUCCCUGUUUGGAUUUUGAGAAACUUCGAGGAGAAAACAUCUCUUUGAGAGAAGAGCAGCAAAGACUCAAAAAGGUUAUUGAGAAGCAGCAUAAAAUGAUGGAACAGCUCAGCUCUCAGAUUCAGGCUUUGGAGGAGCAGAUAUCUCAGGAAGAGAGCAGCUCUCAAGCUCUUAGAGAAGAGGUGCUAACCAAAGAGCAGAACGUGUUGGAGCUGCACACAGCCAUGAAGGAGCUGUCAGCUCAGAACCAGGAACUGAUGGAGCAAAACCUGACGCUGCAGGAGCAGAUGAGCGAUCCUGAGCAGAGGGGACCCAACCAGGCCUCCUCUGUCCUGCAGCCGGCAGGAGCUCGCCUCGCACAGAGGCUUCACUCUGAAAUCGCUUCAUGUCUCAGUGACCUGCGCUCGCUUUGCAGCAUUCUGACCCAGAGAGCCCAGGGACAAGACCCCAACUUGUCUCUGCUGCUCGGCCUCACUUCACCUCCAGCAGUGGCAGAGCCAGAGGACUGGAUGGAACCUGACGUUCUACAGAAGAAGCUGGUCGAAGCUCAGCAGCUCCACCGUGACGUUGAGGAGUUGCGUAACGCCAUACUGGACCGUUACGCCCAGGACAUGGGAGAAAACUGCAUCACUCAAUAAAUGUGACGAC